AUGACCGACCAUACUGCGCCUAUCAUCAUCAUCGGGGCAGGGCUGGUGGGCCUAACAUUGGCCCAAGCUCUCAAGAAGGAAGGAUUCAAUUUCAAGAUCUAUGACCGGGAUAGAAGCCUCGAAGAGCGUCCAGCUGGUUGGGGCAUCACAAUGCACUGGGCGCUCCCUGCAUUGGAAUCAUGUCUUCCUCCAGAGGUAUACAAUCGACUUCUAUCGAUUCAAGUGGAUCCGGUUGAGGAGAAUGAUCGAUACCGGUUUCUUAACCUCGAAACCGGCCAUGACAAGUUUUGUUUUCCAUCAUCGACACACUAUCGACUGAACAGGAAGGCAUUCCGUCAAUUGCUAAGCACUGACCUUCAAAUCAACUGGGGCAAGCGAUUUCUUGGAUUUGAUUCAACGGAGAGAGGUGUUAAAGUCAAUUUUGAUGACGGAACUUUUGUGGAAGGCUCUAUGCUACUUGCAGUCGAUGGCAAAAACAGUCCAGCUAGGAAGCUUCUCAUAGGCGACGAGAGAUCUAGGCUAAACUCUCUUCCCGUCGCUUUUGUAGGCAUCAGUCUACGAUUAUCACCGGAAAAAGUGAAACCCUUUCGGGAGAUUCAUCCUAUCAUAUGGCAAGGAACACAUCCAGGAUCAGGCUACUAUAUCUUCUUUUCAAUGCUGUCGACACCUCAGACAAAUGGGAGUGCCGGAACAGCGGAUGAAUACUACGAGGGCCAAUUCAAUAUGAGUUGGCUUCUUGAAAAAAAUGGACCGCUCGCGGCCUCGCCGACUGAAAUAUUAGCCCAAGUCAAGGAUGCAGCCGUUGCCGACACUGGGUUCUUUCCCAGCCUGAAGCAAGCUAUAUUGGACAUCCCCGAGGGUAGUCCAAUGCUAGAAAUCAAAUUGGAAGACUGGCCUACGGAAGACUGGCCAUCAGCCGGUGGAAAAGUUGCAAUUGUCGGCGAUGCCGCACACGCCAUGACUAUGUAUCGAGGAGAAGCUGCUAAUCAUGGAAUCUGCGAUGCUGCACGGCUGAGAGAUGAGUUAGUACUCUGGCGUGACGGCAAACAGUCCCUAGAUAUGGCCUUUAUAAAAUACCAAAAAGAGGUCAAGAAUCGUACCCAUGAUGCUGUUAUCAUGAGUCGCCAUGCCUGUCUUGAUUGUCAUGAUCUCGAAACCCUGGAAGUGGACAGUCCUGUAUUCCAAGUGACUGGAUUUAAUGCGUUGGCAGUCCCAUUAAAGGCGUAUAUUUAA